UUUGCACACGCUGUAGUAGUAGAUUAUGUGGGUGGAGGACAAAAACAACAAAAGGAUUAAAUGUUUGAAAGGGAGAAUUUGGUUGUUGUGGUGUUCGCCACUUUACAACAGAUUUAUUGUCAACGCUUUCUCCUCUCUACAUUUUCUCAAAUAUUUUUAUUAAUAUAUUCCUCAAUUGCUGAUUAUCAAAAAAAUCCUCCAAAUAUGUUUGGUUGCUCCCUUCCAACUGGGGAACCAAUGUGUUGUUCUGGAAGAAAUUCAAGUUGUAAAUCAAUGGAAUACCCGGCACAAUCUACAAUAUAUAGGUUCAACAUUAAUCCUUCCGACAUUUCACCUGUUUACUGUCGACCAAAAAGACAAAUUUAUUCUCAAACUGUUUUAAACAAUUCUUUCACCAUACAAAAUUUAAUUACUAAAAACAAUGCAACUACAAAUAAUGAAUCAGCAGCAUUAGAAUUACAACUUGAAAAUACCAGAAUAGGUUUUACAAACAUCUUACCCGGUUUAGUAGCUAUAUCACCUGCUGGUCAACAAUUAUUAAAUAAAUUUGGAAUAAAUAAUUUAAAUGAAAGGAAUUUACGUCUUUUUGAAGUUACAAAACCAAAGAAAAGGAGAAAAGGAAGGAGGAGAAAACGUCUUUCAAAAGGGCAGGAAGAAUUAAUUAUUGAGAAUCAGAUUCCCCAACAAUCAAAUAAAGAUUAUGUCUUUCAUUUUGGUUGGCCUGUUGAGCAUUGGGAUAUUGAGAAUUUUGAUAAGUUAAUUACUGAUGAACAGGGCUGGCCUUUAAUUAGAUACUCACUUCUAAACAAAUAUUUGCCUCUUCGGGUACUUAAACGUAGCCAUACAAUGGGUGUUGUUAAAGGCAGACAACAAACUAUUUGGCAUACUUUCAAUGUUGCCGAAGCUCCAAAAGAGUGUUUCUGUGAUCAAAUGUGUGUAAAGUAUGGGGAUUGUUGUGGGGAUUAUGCUUAUCGAUGUCCUGGUAAUUUUUUUAAAUUUUUUUUUUGA